CUUUAAACUAUCAACAUGCCUCCAAAAGCAAGUGGUAAAGCUGUUAAAAAAGCCGGCAAGGCUCAAAAGAACAUCACCAAGACUGACAAGUCCAAGAGGAGAAAGAAGAGGAAGGAAUCUUACGCAAUCUACAUCUACAAGGUUUUGAAACAAGUUCAUCCAGACACUGGUGUCUCAUCCAAGGCCAUGAGCAUCAUGAACAGUUUCGUCAACGAUAUCUUUGAACGUAUUGCUGCUGAAGCUUCCCGUCUUGCUCACUACAACAAGAGAUCAACCAUCACCUCCCGGGAAAUCCAGACAGCUGUUCGUCUUCUUCUUCCUGGUGAACUUGCCAAGCAUGCCGUCAGUGAAGGCACUAAGGCAGUCACCAAGUACACUAGCUCCAAGUAAACAACCGGUCAACCGACAAAACAUAAACCAAUCGGCCCUUUUCAGGGCCAUCAAAUUUUUAUAACUACGAUCAACUUACUCAAUUUCUCAAUUUUGUGUUACUUAAAUUUGUGAUGGGAUCAUAUAUAAAAAAAUAGUUACCUUCGAUGACAAUAAAGUUAAAAAAAAAAAAAAUAAAUAAAAGAAG